AUGACACCAGGAGCAGCCUUGGCUGCCACAGAGCCUCAUCUCGAAGGCACCUACUGUGAACUGCCUCUUCUUUUUCAGGAGAUCCGACACCUCUUCGCGCAGACAGCUCAGGUUGGCAAUCACGUUCGCCGAGUCUGGGUCCCUGCACACAACCGUCAGCUCAGCUGGGAGGCCCCUGGCGGGCUUUGCGCUGAGCACCUUCGGCAUCUUAAUGCCACGGUCGAUGAGGCGGCGAAGUCCUGCAUGCAGCGGGGCUUGACGGGUUCACUGCGCCAGCGUUGGCAUGAUCUGGCCAAAAACACAUCCUGGGAGGAAGCUGCCAUUUUGGCGGCCAAUUCUUCGGCACAGCUCCUCCAGGAGUACCUCCGGGUGGCGACUGAGGACGAAGCAGAAAGCUCGUACAUCAAGUCGAGUCUCGCCCUUGGCGCCCUGCCACCAACCUAUGUUGCAGGAAAGCCUGAUUGCAGCGGCUUCCGCAGCCAGAUCCUCGAAGAUUCUUUCGCCCAUAUCGCUGCAUUUGGUUCUUCCACCAAGGCCACUUUGCUUCGAGUCAAGGGCUACUGUCUGGGACUGAUGGUCGAGCUCUGCAAUGAUGCAGGGCGAUUGCACAAUCCUCUGGAUCUGGUCGCGCGCGUUCAGCAAGCUGAGUGGUCGUGGAGCUGUCAGAUCGUUGCCGAGGGCAUCAUUCAGGCAGCGGCCUCAAGCGAGGUUUUUGGGAUUCCCAACACGAUUGUGGCCGAUGGAUUGCUGGGAACGGACUUCGGCCUGGUUGAGCUUCGGCUGUUACAGGAACGUUCGACACAAUUUGUCGAUGGCUUGUUGCUUGGCACACUGUCGCAGCUCUCCAAGCAGCUGCAUGGCCUCAGCGAUAGCAUCACCCACUGUAUGGAUACUGCUGGUGGAUUUUGCCAGCAUGCGUCGGCCAUUCUGUUGAAGCAGGGUGCGCCCGGUAUGUCAGGAGAGAUUUCGGGCCUGUCGGAAGUGGAUGCAUCGCGGUGGCUUGACAUUUUCCGGCGCCAUCGGUUGUUGAGCAUGGUCUAUCUGGGUCCACAGCCCGGAAUCCUCGACCUCUGGAUGUUCGAGGAGGUGGGUCAUGUGCAACUCGCAGAUCCACAGCGGCAGAGGAUUGGCAUCGAACUUUCACCUGGUGACGUCGUGGUCCUCCGCCCCGAACUCCUAGCACGGAAGUUGCGCGCCCCAGUGGGCUCGCUGGCAAUGAUGUCCUUGGUGCUGGGAAGGAAGACCAGUGCACGGAGAGUGUGGCCUGGACAGGGACGCAUUCCCGCAGCCAAAGCCUUGGAUGAAUGGAUCCGCCACCGGCUACUGCAGCUGAGCCAGGAUUGCAUUGACCACGAGGUUCCUUUCGCUUGGCGGAAGGUCUACGAUCCAGACGAUAGCAGCCUCAAGAAAGUGAAGUCUGCUUGCCGGCAUGGUGCCUUCCUGGACGGCCUCGAGCUCUUCCCCGGCCACGCCUUCAAAAUGCCAGAGCAGGAUGUGCGGCGUUGCGAUCCCUACCAGCGAUUGUGUGCGGAGGGAAUGAAGGCUUCAGGCCAAAGAGCAGAAGAUCCCAAGGCCAUGGCCAGUAGCCGCGUGAUCGUGGAACCAAAACCAGGUGGAAGUCUGAAGCGGCAUGGCCAGCGCAGUGGCGGCCUCUUUGUUGGCUGUCCCUCCGUUGCGGACUGGGAGCAUGACGGCGACGGCGAUCAGGCUUUGUUGGCCGGCCGACUCUCGGUGAUGCUUGGGCUCAGGGGGACUGCGGAUGCUCUCGUGACCUUGGAGGGUGCCGCCGGCUUGGCCGCGGCCUCGCUGGCCGCCACAGCUCUGGAGGCCAAGCUCGACUUUGCGCUGGCGCUUGGGGUGCACUUGAUCCUCUCCCCGCGGUUUUGGCUCUGUUGCUGCAGGGCCACGGCAGCCUCGCUCUCCCGGCAUGGGCGAAGCUUGGCUUUCGACACCUCCUGUGACGGGUUUGUUCGUGGUGAGGCUUGUUGUGCAGUGAUGCUGUGCCGGUUUGAGCUUCCCGAGCCGUCUCAGAUGGAAAGCCCGCCGGCCGGCUGCAUUACCGGCAGUGCCAUAGCUGCGAGAGGGUGCAGCACAUCUCUUGCACUGCAGGGUGCAGCCGAGAUUCGCCGCACUGUUGCGGAGGCCAUGUCAGAUCUCGAGGACGGCUUUGUGGACAUAGCGGAGGUUGAUGGUCUGGGGCCAUCAGCCGAGACAAUGGAACUGGCCGCGCUGCAGGCAUCUCAUCGAGGCCUUUGUGCAGACGCCAGUCCACUACAACUGACCUCGCUGAAGGCCAGCUGCGGUCAUCAGGCGCAGUGUGCAGGACUGGCGUGUAUGAUGCAGAUCUUGGCUGCCAUCCGCCUUGGCACCGCAACAGCGCAGCCGCACCUGCGGCAGCUCAAUCCCAGUGCCACGAUGGCCGGGCCCAGUCUCAGCCAUCUCAGCGUGGAGUGUGGGCAGCUCACGGAACCCAACCUCUAUGCUGGCAUUCUCGGCCGUGGAGGUGGGACAACAGUAUACACAGUGCUGUGGGGAUUUGGUGGCCCUAUGGCAAAGGAUGGCCCUGCACAUCUGAAGCCAGACCUGGUAUCCUGGGCAGGGGUGGAGGUCGAGGGACAAGCGCCGUCGGUGUACCUGCCGCUGGAGAAGCAGGCUAGCAAGUAG